ACUAGAGCAGCGCUAAGUCAGAACUAAACCAGGACUAACCCAGCGAUAAAACAAAACCAAAGACUCAAGCAGAGAUUUCAGUUGUCUUCAGAUCGGGCAGAGAUUGAGGAACACCAGAGGUCGACCCAGAAAAAUGGGGCAAAAAGACCAGAGUGAAUUAACUGCAGAGCCCAGCACUGAUGACAUGUCCCCAGACUCAAAGCCUCAUAAAACAAAUACCAUCAAGCCAGAGCUGACAGAGAGCACCACAGACACCACGGAACAGGAAAAAAAUAAGACUUCUCUUCUGUCGUCAAAGGGAGGUCAAAGGGCAGAGAGCGGUGACCAUAGCGACGAGGAAGGGCAUCUGGCUUACCAAGAGGGACUGCUGCUCAAUGGGAGAUAUGAGGUCGUGUCCACUCUGGGAAAAGGAGCCUUCGGUAAAGUGGCCAAAUGCCUCGAUCGACACAAAAAUGAAUACGUGGCUGUGAAAAUCGUGAGGAACAUUGAUUGUUUCAGGGUAGUAGCUCAGUCUGAAAUCGCAGUUCUGGGGGAGAUUAACACUUUGGACGAUGACAACAGUUUUGCAUGUGUUCGGAUGCAGGACUGGUUCGAUUACCAGGGACACAUCUGCAUCGUGUUUGAGCUGUUGGGACUGAGCACUUGUGAGUUCCUGCAGCAGAACCACUACGCCCCCUUCAGCCUGGAGCAGAUCAGACACAUGGCCUUUCAGCUGUUCAAAGCCAUCUGCUUCCUUCACAGAAACAAACUGACCCACACAGACCUAAAGCCAGAGAACAUUCUACUUGUCUCCUCUGACUUUGACCUGGAAUACAAUGAAAACAAGCAGUGUAAUGAAAAGAAAUUGAAGAGCAUUGAUGUGAAAGUGGUGGAUUUUGGCACCGCAACAUUUGACCAUGAAUAUCACGAGUCUCUAGUGUCCACCCGGCAUUACCGCGCCCCGGAGGUCAUACUCGAUCUUGGCUGGAACCAGUCGUGUGACGUCUGGAGUCUUGGUUGUGUUCUGAUGGAGUUUUACUGCGGACGAACACUUUUCCCGACCCACGACAGUCAGGAGCAUCUGGCCAUGAUGGAGAGAGUUCUGGGUCCGAUCCCUGCUCACCUGCUCAAACAGACAAAAAAGCAGCACUACGUCCACAACGAGCGUCUGAAGUUGGAGGAGGACAGUUCCAGAGACGCUUACAUCAAGAAACACUGUAAACCACUGAAGGAGUACAUGCAGUGCGGUGGAGAUGAUGAGCGGCAGCUGUUUGACCUGCUCUCACUCAUGCUGCAGUAUGAUGUAGUGUGUAGGAUCACCCUGGAGGAGGCGCUGUGGCACCCCUUCUUCAGCCCCAUCCGAGCCAAGAAGAAACAGCGCAGCUAA